UCCUUUUCUCCUAGCACACGGCUUCCGCUCUCCAAUGGAGUGUCUUCGCUCUACCUGAAAACCAAGCAAAUGUGCUGAAAGAUAAGGAGGAGCCUAAGUUCACAUGGCCAUGCAAUGAGGUGUCUAAUGGCUGGUCCAUGUGAGAAGGGAAUCUCGGGAGAGAAGAGUUUUCCACAAAUGAUGGCCUCAGUCAAAGAUAACGGCGUGGAUGACGGACUGGCAGACUUUAAACAAGAGGAGUGUGAGUUGGCUGCAUCCGCAGCUUUGUGCGUGAAGCUAGAGGACUGUGAGGAAAGAAUUUCAGUCUUUAAAGAGGAGGAGGCGGUGGCACCCACGGGAGAGACUGUUGACGUGAAAGUCAAGGAUUCAAAGGAUCUCUCGGUUCGCCUUGAUCCGCACAAGUGUGAAAAUAGGAACAUCUUCAAGCAGCAUAUCUGUGAAGAAUCUCAUUAUGGUUUACAGUCCCAGCUCACAAAUUCAAGACAACUGGGAGCCCAGCGGGAUUCUCUGGAACUGAAAUCCGAGUUUGAAGAGACAGUUGGCGAGGGAAAUGGGAGAGAAGGAGAAGGGCAGCAGCCAUCUGGGAAUGUUGGAUUAAAUUCCCAGGGCGGAACAGAGAAUUUGACCCCAGCCUCAUUGAAGUAUAUUGUCCACACUGAUCAACAACUGCAUAAUCCAGAUGACAAGGAUUUGCAUGCCUGCCAACAGGGUGGAAAUACUUAUGAAAACAAAUCUGAUUGUAAAGAUCACAGGACGAGUCAUACAACACCAAAGCCAUAUUGCUGUUCGAUAUGUGGCAAACGAUUCCUCCAUAACAGCAACCUUCAAUUACACAUAAGAAUUCACACUGGCGAAAAACCUCAUUGUUGCUCUGAAUGUGGCAAACGAUUUUCCAACAGUUACAGUCUCCAAAGACACACGAGAAUCCACACUGGAGAAAAGCCCUAUGGCUGUACUGAAUGUGGAAAAAGAUUUGCUGAUAGCAGCCAUCUUCAGAAGCACACAAGAAUCCAUUCUGGAGAAAAGCCGUACUACUGCACUGAAUGUGGCAAACGAUUUCCCCUUAAGAACAGUCUUCAGACCCACCUAAGAAUUCACACAGGAGAGAAGCCAUAUUGCUGUUCUGAUUGUGGAAAACAGUUCUCCUACAGCAGCGUUCUCCAAAAACACAAAAGAAUCCACACUGGAGAAAAGCCUUAUGGCUGUGCUGAAUGUGGCAAACAAUUCACUGACAACAGCAACCUUCUGCGUCACAUGAGAAUUCAUUCUGGAUGUAAAAGCCAAAAUAGUGGGGAUCUUAACAAAGACGAGCAGAAGAGUUUGACAUGCAGCAUGGCCUCAGCCAAAGAAGAAGACGACGACACAUGCGAGAGACUGGCACACAUUAAACAAGAGGACUGUGAAUGGGGUGCAGCAGAGGCAUGGUGUGUGAAGACAGAAGAUGGUAAAUUAAAGUUUUCAAAUUUUAAGGAGGAGAAGUACAAGGAGAUGACUAAUGACGUGAAAGUUGAGGAUUCAGAAGACUUCUCGGUUAGAAAGCCUGAAAGUGGGCGUAUUUCCAAGCAAGAUGUUUGUGAAGAAUCUCAUUCACGUUUACAGCCCUGGUUCACGAAUACGAGACAACUGCCCACCCAGCAGAAUUCUGUGCAAAUGAAGUCUGAAUUAUCUGAGUUUGAAGAGAAAAUCGAUGACGGAAGAGGGAGAGGAGCUGAAGAGCAGCAGUCAUCUAGUAGCGAUGGAAUAAAUUUCCCAAACAAUGACAGCUUCACGCCAUCUUCUUUUGCUCAGACCUCUCUUCAGUGUAGACUGCCAUACAAACAGAAUAGUGAUAAGAAGAAGAAUGCAACAGGAGGAUCAGAGAAUGUGAUAGAAGCCACUUUGCAAUGUAGUUCUCUUCCUGCUGACAAACGAGAGCAGACUGAAGUCAUCAAUACUGAACAACAACAAGUGCAUAAUUCAGGUAAAGAGGUAUUGCGUGGGUACAAAGAAUGCAGAAUUAAUUUGAACAAUACUCUUGACUGUAAAGAUAAGUUGGUUCAUACGGGACAGAAGUCAUGUGCAAGUUUUGAAUGUGGUAAACUGUACUCCAGCCGUAGUUCACUUUACAAACGGAAAAAAGUUCAUACUGAUGAAAAACCUCACAGUUGCUCUGAAUGUGGCAAGUGUUUCUCAGACAGCAGCAGACUUAAUACCCACAAGAGAACUCAUGCUAAAGAGAAAUCCCAUUGCUGUUCAGAAUGUGGCAAACAAUUCUCACGUAUAAGCAAUCUUCAGACCCACAGAAGGAUCCACACUGGAGAAAAACCCUAUUGUUGUCCAAAAUGUGACAAAUGUUUUACUUUCAGUAGCAGUCUUCGUGUGCACACACAAGUACAUGCUGCAGAAAAGCCAUAUUGUUGCUCUGAAUGUGGCAAAUGUUUCUCUUAUAGCAGCAGUCUUCGCGAGCACAUGCAAGUUCACACUGUGAAAAAGCCUUACUGCUGCUCUGAAUGUGGCAAACGUUUCUCAUACAGUAGUGGUCUUCGUGAGCACAUGCAAAUUCAUACUUCAGAAAAGCCAUAUCGCUGCUCUGACUGUGGAAAACAAUUCUCUUACAGUAGCAGUCUUCGCCAGCACAUACGAAUUCAUGCCGCAGAAAAUCCAUUUUGCUGUUCUGAAUGUGGCAAAAGAUUCUGUAAUAAUGGCAAUCUCCUGAGACACGCACGCAUUCACACCGGAGAAAAACCAUAUAACUGUUUGGAAUGUGGCAAGCGGUUUACAGUGAGCAGCAGCCUUAAACUGCAUAUGACAAUUCAUACAGGAGAGAAACCCUAUUGCUGUCCAGAAUGUGGUAAACGAUUCUCACUUAUAAGUCAUCUUCAGAGCCACACAAGAAUCCACACCGGAGAAAAACCUUUUUGCUGCUUGGAAUGUGGCAAAUGUUUCUCAUUCAGUGCAAACCUGCAUACCCACACACAAAUCCACACUAGACAAAAACCUUACUGCUGUUCUGAAUGUGACAAAACAUUUUCCAGUUACCUCAGUCUUAAGAGACACACAAAAGUCCACAAGAGUUAGGAGUGAUGUUCAUUCCUGUAAGCAAAGUAAAUAAUUGUUGAGAAAUUAAAACUAAGAGAAAGCUGAUUGCUGUUCAGAAUGUGAAAAAUAAUUUUCCACGAGUAGUGCUCUUCCAAUGUGCAAAUGGAGUCAGUCAGUAGAGAAUCUAUUUUGUGAAUCUCAACGUGGAAAACAUUUCUCUUACAGUAAAGGUCUUCAGCAGCAUGCAGAAAUUCAUACUGCAGAAAAUCCAUAUUGUUCUCAAUGUGGAAGAGGUUUCCUCAGAGCUGUAGUCAUCUUAAACAUAAAAAAAAAAAUCAUACGGUGGAGAAAGCUUACAAGGAGUGUUUGAUAAUUUAUCUACCCGAGUAUGAAAGAAAGUAGCAAGCUUGUUGAAACAAGUCUGGGCAUGCUGUGAUGUGUCUCAAGGUUACUCCUGCAGAGUUGUGGCUUAGUGCGAGUCUAACAUUUCAAGAGACAGGAGAUCAGGAGAGUCCUUUUGCGAAUCAAGUAAGCUUCUUCACGACAAGGCGGUUCACAUGUCAUGUCAAUCCCAGACUGCCAUCCAAGAAGGUGGGUUCUACUAGCUGAACCAUCUCCCCCACUACAGUCCUGACUGGGCUCCCUCAGAUUAUUUCCUGUUCCAAGUUUUGAAGAAGCGGUUUUCAAGUGAUGAAGAUGUCAAGGCAGCUGUGACAACGUCCUGCUUUGAAGAUCAGACAGAAAAUUUUUUUCCCUCCAAAGGGGGUUAAAGUCAUUGCAGAAAAAGUGGAUGAAGUGUAUGAAGUAAGCAGGACGAUAGUGAAAAAUAAAAUUUUUGGAAAACUCUUCCUUCCUACUGAGGUAGAUAAAUUAUUGAACCUCCCUCGUUUUGCUGAAAGUGGAUGAAGACUCUCACAAGAAUAUCGUAUUCAAAGCGAGGCUAGAAAUUCAUAAUGUCGAGAAACCUUAUUGCUGUAUUGAAUGCUGCUGAUAUUCAUUAGAAAAUGGUGGGCUUUGUCACCAUGAAAGUAUUCCUGCUAAUGAGAAAUCAAAAACUUGAUUCAAAUGUGGCAAGUGUUUCCAAAAGAAGCAGCAGUUUUAACAGUCACAUGAACAUUCACACGGAAGAGUAUGGAAAAUAAAAAGUUAUGUAUUAGCAUAAACAGAUAUAAAACUAAUUAAGAGCUUCUAUAAGCGUUAAACGUAGCGUGAAUUAGAUAUGUCAAGCAAAUAGUUAAAUAAAGGCAUUUGUCAUAUUUCAUUUUUAUAGUUAAGCUGAAAGCGAAACCACCAAUAUUGGGUAACUCGGAAAGAUAGAGCAGGAAGAGAAUGACGUACGGAAACUACCCGAGGACAGAGAAGGGGGAACAGGGUGGAACACCAGUUAGGAAAUAAUGGAAGCAAGGAAUGAUACUAAUGACGAAAUGCAGAAAAUAUUGGUGGCCAUGAGAAGCCAGCUGGAGUAGUGAGUCAGAAUAGACAGCAAAUGCAUUGUUACGAGCAAGGUCAAGAUGAUAAGAAAUGAUUAUAUAAACUGAUAUUUGGCUUGUUCGGAGGCUCAGCUCAGUUUGGCCUAAUUGGGUGGAGUCAGUAUUAUUGUUUAUUGCAAUAAAACUAAGUUCUCUCUUUGCCUAUCCUCCGACUCCUAGAGCCUUCAUUUAAAGUGCGCAUUUUUCGCUUCUACAAGAGCUAAAUAGAAAAAUAAAAUAACAAACUACCAAGAGACACAAACCGAAUUAUGCCACAUGUGAAGUAAAACUGAAUAUGUAGUGCCAGUAGUACUGGAAUGAACCAGAAUUGUCACAUGAAACUUCCUGGACCCUUUAGGCAAACGUUGUGACAAUGGCACAGUGAGCCAGAAAUUCACACUUGGAAUUUGGGUUACUGAAACUCCAAUUCUGGUGUGAGCUUUUAUUCUGAAAAGACUGCCAGAGUUAAGGUGAAUAUAGGAAGGGCUUCUGUGUUGAUAGAAAGUGCAACAGGAAGAUCAUCAUCAUCAUCAUCCGGAAGAAGGGCAAAGAAAGGGGAGAGCGGAGAUCCUCCAUUUUGGGGGAAAAACAGGCCUGAAGAGGAGACUGCGAGGAGAAUAGUCUCGAGGAUUACAAAGUAUGACAAAGUGGUUGUGGAGGUCGAGAUGGGAUGGAGAAGCUUCCAAGUAGCUAAAAUAACGGAUGGUACUUACUGGAUGUUCCCUGAAACUAGACAAAGGGAAAAAAAAACAAAAACAAAACAACCAGCAUUGGAUGCAGUUAAGAAUAUCCACAAGGAAUGGGUGAGAUCAGUCCUAUUUUGUAAUGGAAACAAUAAACAAUAUUGCCUGGGUUUAUUAGGAAUUUCAAAACCUCACUUUUCUUGAUAUUAUAUAAACUUUGUACUUCUGUAUUCAUAGAUAUGUAUAUUCCAGUAUUUGUAGUUAUUGAUGAAUGCAUUUUAGAAUCCUAAAUAUAUUUUGGUUGUUUUGUCCUACACCAUCAAUUAGAGAUUUAGUUUUUUGAGCGGUCUAGAAAGUCAGCCUUGGUGUGUUAGUAACACAACUCGGGCAUAGUUGAUUAUUACACCGUCACCCCCUAUAAAUGACCAACGUUAGCCUUACUGGGAACUAUGCAAGAACUAAGGCAGCGUUUCUCAACCUUUAAGUAUUUGCAACCCGAGUUUUCAUAACAGUUUUAAUCACACACCCCCUAACGUUUUUUGAAACCCUAAUAAAAUUUAUUCGUAUAUUUU